AUGGCGUCCUCAAAAAGGGUAUACAAUUGGUAUAUAUCCAUGGUGGCCGCAAUGUGCAUGGUUCUCUACGGAUAUGAUGCUUCAGUGUACAAUUCUGUUCAAGGCUCACAAAACUGGUUGGCAUAUUUUGAUCUUGAUACUGAGCGAGACACGUAUAUGAUUGGCCUAAUAAACACAUCGUACACUAUCGGUGCAAUUGUUGCAGGCUUCUUCUUCGGCGGCCCUCUUGCAGACUUUUUAGGACGGCGAUGGGGUAUGUGGACUGGAUGCCUUCUUACUGUCAUCGCCACCUUCAUGCAAACUUUUGCUCCCCGACAUAACUUGGGCUGCUUCAUUGCUGGACGUGUGCUUGUCGGUCUUGGGCAAGGCAUUGCUUUGACGGCUGGACCGGUCUAUAUCGGCGAAAUGGCACCACCUCCUAUCCGCGGUCUUAUUAUGGCUUUCUGGCAGCUAUUCUAUUCUGUCGGAUCAUUCAUUGCCUAUUGGAUCAACUACGCUUGCUCUCUCCAUCGCAGCACAUUGGGCGAGUGGGACUGGAAAAUGGUGGUUAUUUUCCAGAUCAUGAAGAAUGGCAAUAUCGAAGCUGCCAAAUCUGCGCUUCGUAAGAUCCGUGAGACGGAACAGGAAGUUGAGGAUGAGGUUUUGGCUAUCCGGGAAGCGCUUGAAUACGAAAAAGAAGCCAUCAGCAAUAAUUACACUGCGUUGUUCAAGGAUCCCUCCAUUCGCAAACGACUUUACCUCGCUUUUAUAAUUAAUGUUGGACAGCAGCUCAGUGGCCAAGGCACACUCAACACCUAUUCUACAGCCAUUUACAAGAAAGUGUGGACAUCGACCCAGACUAUCAACCUUAUUAACGCUCUAAAUGCAACGUUUGGCAUCCUGUUCACUCUUAACGCAACAUGGACAGCCGACCGUUUUGGUCGUCGAUGGCUGUUCAUAGUCGGAGGUAUUGGUAUGGGUAUUUGCAUGCUGUUGGUUCCUGUAAUCGGUCAAACUACUCCCGACAUUAACGGCACCAAAUCGAAGCCUGUCGGAAUCUCCAUUGUGUUCCUUCUAUUUCUCUUCAUUUUCUUUUAUAAGCCCUCUUGGGGCGCAACCACUUGGAUUUGGACUUCUGAGAUCUUCAGUAUGAAUGUUCGUGCUCAGGCCAUCGGCAUGUGUAGCCAGAUGCAAAAUGUCGCUAAUACGAUCUUCCAACAAUUCUUUCCGACAUUUUUGAAGAACGAAGGCCUCAAAUGCCUAUAUUUCUUCAUGGCGACGAAUUUCCUCCUCGUCGUAUUCGUCUAUUUCUUCAUUCCCGAGACGAAGCAAAUUCCACUGGAAGAAAUUGACGUUCUUUUCGGCGGUGCUAACCAUGUCGAUAAGGGUGCUCAGAUACUCGGCGCUCCUGAUAUUCCCACUAAAGAAGUUCACGUAGUUGACCAGUGUGAGGAUAACAAGGUAACGGCGGUAUAG